UUUUAUCAAAUUCGUCGUGAGUGUAGCGCUAGAAGAGAGCAAAUGGGAAUCCUUCAAUUGGAAACUAUCCGGCGAGGAUGAAUAUUUUGAGAGCAGAGCGACUAAACUUAUUUUUAUUGUACUCGAGCGUAUCUAUCUAUUAUUUAUUUCUACAGGCCUGCUUUCACAAUCUCGGUUUCUGGCGCCGUAGGAGAUAGCAGAGAUAGGAGAUUAUUAGAGAUAAAUAUAAUUAUAUAUUAUAUUAAAAUACUACCAUCUCCUCUCCUGCACACCUUCUUCACUAACACCCAUAACAUGGCGCGGAAGAGAUCUCACGCUCAGAAGAAGACAAAAAAACACUCGAGCGACAACCCAAAACUCGACAGAUGGGAGACAGCAGACGACAUCGAAAAGGACUCAGAGGAUGAAUUCCACCACCAGAAUGAUAUGCUCUCUCUAGGCGACACCGCAGAACCAUCAGAUGAUGACUCCGAUAACGAGCAGGAAGUUUACGCUCUCAACAACGUCGGAGACAGCGACGACGAGGAAGAGAUCGGCGACUACCAGGAUGUACCAGACGACGCAGUCGAAUACUCAGAAGAGGAGAAUGACGACGACGAAAAUCAGGAGGAUGACCUUGACGAUCAAAAAUUGAAGUCUUGGGGUUCGAAGCAAGGCGCUUACUAUGCCCGCCAGGACGAGAACCUCAGCUCAGACGAUGAGGACGAUCUCAAUGACCAUAAGCUUGAAGAAGAGGAAGCCUUGAAACUUCAGAAAAACUCCCGUCAGGACUGGAACUGGGAGGAUGUCACUGGAUUAGAUGAUGCAGACGACGACGAGAACACACAGGAAGACACUAUGAACCUCGAUGAGCCGGAGGUCGAAGAGGAGCCUGCAGUUGACUUGUCUGGUCUUUCACGUGCCGAGAAGAUUGCAUACCUCCAGAAAACAUCCCCAGAAACACUCGCUUUGCUCACAGAUUACGAAGACAUCCUCAGUAAGAUCAAAGAAACUGACGAUUUUAUCCAAAAGCGCAAAGAAGAGGACGAGAACCACCCUGCCUUGGGUCUUCUCUACGUUUACCACCAAACUUUACUCACCUAUGCUCCACUCCUGACUUAUUUCAUUUGCUUGAAAGCGUCAUCUGAGUAUGUUAACAACCGCAGUAAACUCCUCCAACAUCCAGUUCUCAAACGUAUGGUAACCCUUCGUGAGGGUAUCGCACGGAUGGAAGACCUCGGCUUCGGUCCAGGUGAUGAGCAGCAGCUCCCUGAUGAGGACGACGAAGAACAGGAGGACAUACGCAACAUGAUCAGACAGUGGGCAGCCAACAAGGAGCAGACUGAGGACAUGGAUGACAGCUGGAAGGAUGAAACUCUCGAAGAUGGUGAGUUGGAGGGCCUCAUGACUGAUGAGAAUGCACCACCAGCUAAAUCAAAGAAGAAGUCCAAGAAGUCAUCCAAGAAGGGCGCUGACGUUGAUUCGAGAAAUGAGAUGAUACAUGAACUCGAUGAAUCAGCUUUGGAAUACAAGCCAUCUACGUCUGCGAAAUCUCAGAAACAAAAGCAGAGAGUAUCAGACGAUGACUACCUCGGUGAAGCUGACGCUCUUUCUGCGUUGGACGCUCAAUCGAAGAAGAACAACAAGAAGACACUUAGAUUCCACACCGCAAGGAUCGCACAAACAGAUAGUCGCCGUAGCGCAGCGAGCAAGCUGCGUCAAUCUGGUGACGAUGAUGUUCCAUACCGUGAACGCAAGAAGGCACGUUUGGAGAAGGGAGCGACAAGUGCACCAGGUGAAGAUCUCGAUGGUGGUGACUGGACUGCCCAGGAUGAAGCUACCCGCCGCCAGAUCAUGAACGAGGCCGAUCUCGGCGAGACAGCUACUGGAGAUGACGGUGACGACUACUAUGAGCUCGUCAGACAAUCAAAGAAGGCCGCAAAGCAAGCAAAGAAGGAGGAAUACGACGACGCAAGAUGGAAAUCGAGAGUGGACUAUGUCGACGAAACUGGUGUCGAUGGUCCGCGUCACUUACCACGCGAAAUUGCACUCAACAAGGCCGUAACACCUGCACGUUCAUUCAAGCACUCGAAGCUGAACAGGAACCCACGUCUGAAGAAGCGUGUACGCUACGACCAAGCCCAGAAGAAGCUCAAGUCGAUGAAGCCAGUCUACCAGGGUGGUCCAGAGGGUGGCCAGUACGAAGGAGAGAAGACUGGUAUCACACGAAAUGUGAAAUCCACAAAGUUUUAAAAUAUUAUUUAUUCAUAGAGAAC